CGGAGAGGGGAAGGCGCAGUAGCUAUAGAAACAGCAGACCCAUCGGCAGCGAAACGGGAAGCAGCAAGCAACUAAGAAAACCAGACGGCGAAAAGUCAACUGCUGUUUAAAAAACAACAAUGAUACUGUGACAGGCCGAUAAAACAAGGGGCUAGAAGAAAAAAAAAACAAAAAAACAGAGGUCGACACAACGGUCACGAAACUGGAAAAGAUGUUGAUAUGAGGAUCACAGCUGCACAGUAGAAUCAGAAUCGGACUGUUUUUGGAAAACCCCUGCCCUUCUGCUUUUGACUUGACUGACAGCAAGUCUGUCCAACCACUGACUCCUCCUCCGAUACACCAAACUAGGUGAGAACGAUGGCGUCCUAUAGUCCCGCCCCCACGCAGGAGGCGGCAUUGGAGACGACCAAUGGCAGUGGGCCGCUGAAGGCAAGUGGCUCUGAGGAGUCCAUGAAGCUGAAGAAGGAGAUCUCUCUGUUGAACGGAGUGUGUCUGAUCGUGGGCAAUAUGAUUGGCUCCGGCAUCUUCGUGUCCCCGAAGGGCGUGCUGAUGUACAGCGCCUCCUAUGGGCUGUCGCUGGUGGUGUGGGCCAUCGGGGGCCUCUUCUCCAUCUUUGGGGCCCUCUGCUAUGCCGAGCUGGGCACCACCAUCACCAAGUCGGGCGCCAGCUACGCCUAUAUCUUGGAGGCCUUCGGUGGCUUCCUGGCCUUCAUCCGGCUGUGGACCUCCCUCCUCAUCAUCGAGCCCACCAGCCAGGCCGUCAUCGCCAUCACCUUCUCCAACUACAUGGUGCAGCCCAUCUUCCCCACCUGCAUCGCCCCUUACCUGGCCAACCGGCUGCUGGCCGCAGCCUGCAUCUGUUUGCUCACCUUUGUGAACUGUGCCUAUGUGAAGUGGGGGACUCGUGUGCAGGACUUCUUCACCUACGCCAAGGUCAUCGCUCUCAUCGCGGUCAUCAUCACCGGGCUGGUCAAGAUCUUCCAGGGUCAUACACAGAACUUUGACGGGCUGUUUGAGGGCUCCUCUCAGGAUGCAGGGAACGUGGCUCUGGCCCUAUAUUCCGCUCUCUUCUCCUACUCGGGCUGGGACACCCUCAACUUCGUCACUGAGGAGAUCAAGAACCCGGAGAGGAACCUGCCUCUGGCCAUUGCCAUCUCCAUGCCCAUAGUGACAGUGAUCUACAUCCUGACCAAUGUGGCCUAUUACACUGUGCUGGACAUGCACGCCAUCUUGGACAGUGAUGCUGUGGCUGUGACUUUUGCUGACCAGGUGUUUGGGGUAUUAAACUGGACCAUCCCUGUCGCCGUCGCCCUCUCCUGUUUCGGAGGACUCAAUGCAUCCAUACUGGCUGCCUCCAGGCUGUUCUUCGUGGGCUCCAGAGAGGGUCACCUGCCCGACUAUCUGUGCAUGAUCCACGUGCACCGCUUCACUCCCAUUCCUGCUCUGCUCUUCAACGGGGCGAUGUCUCUGGUCUACCUGUGUGUUGAGGACAUCUUCCAGCUGAUUAACUACUACAGCUUCAGUUACUGGUUCUUUGUGGGUUUGUCAAUCCUGGGCCAGCUCUAUCUGCGCUGGAGCCAGCCAGACAGACCCCGACCCCUGAAGCUCAGUAUCUUCUUCCCGGUGGUGUUCUGUCUCUGCACGGUGUUCCUAGUGGUGGUCCCCCUCUACAGUGACACCAUCAACUCCUUGAUUGGCAUUGGAAUUGCCGUAUCAGGAGUGCCAGUCUACUUCCUGUGCUGCUACAUGCCAGCCCACAAGAGGCCACUGUGGCUCCGCAAGGCCAUCGCCUCCUCUGGGCGGCUGAUUCAGAAAGUCUGCUACUCUGUCCUGACAGAGAUGGACACGGACGAUGACAAAACGCAAUAAAAACAUCCAACACAUUCACCUGCUAACAACUGAUGCACAAAACCAGACCCCGGCUCGACCGAGAAGAACGAGACUCCCACCCUGCAAGACCACACCCACGUAAGCAGCAAGACUGACUCUACAGCCAGCCAAUCAGGGACUCACACCGCAGUGCAGGAGGAGCGGCACUAGUUGCCAUGACAGCCACAGUGGGCAGCUGGAGUGACACUCCAGAAUGUUCUGAUGUCAUACGCAGCACCUGCCCUCUGAGCGUAGAGAACUCUUCCGAACUGACCCCAGUCCAGUCCCUCUAACCCCACUCUCCUGCCUCCCUGUGUGGGGAGGGAUCUGUAUUUAUACUGAUGUAGAUAUUCACGGACACAGAGACAGAGACAGGGAGGUUAGACAUAAAGGUGUGCUGUAAAUACAGACCCAGGGCUACACAGGAGCGCGUGGCACGUGUGGGAGCCCACAUGACUCUGCUCUGAUAGCUGAUCUGAGGUCAGUGCUGUGACUCCUGGCACAGGCACACAGAGAGGGUGGAGUUAGAGAGGAGGCCUGCAGCACUGGGGUUGGGAAGACCUGGGACCUCAGGCAGGUGAAGGUGCAGCAGUGUACACCUGGUGCACCUGCCCGAGAGGGGGGGGGGG